GCAGCACUUGUAGCUCCACCCACUUUAUCAACAAACAAGAUGGCGUUGAACAAGUUGCACGUUUUGAGUGGAAUCAGUACUCGCAGGGCUCUCCCUCUGUUAUCUGCUCGCUGGUACAGCGAUGAGGGAGCCAUUAGAGAUGCUGGAGGUGCAUUUAGCAAGAAAGAGAAAGCAAUAGAAGAUCAAUACUUCAGACGCUUAGAACAAGAGCAGCUGCAAAAGCUGAAGGACCAUGCAAACGAACAUCACAAAGAAGAAAUUGAUGCACACACCCAGUCCAUCAAAGAGCUAGAGGAGCAGAUCAAGAGGCACAAGGAGAAGAUUGAGCGACACAAGAAGAAGAUGGAGGAUCAUUAAUAGCCAUUAGAGCAUAACCUGUGACCAUAAUAAUAAUCAUUAAUUAUUAAUUAUUAUUGUUGUUAGUUAUUAAUAAUAGUUCAGUAGUUGUGUCAAUUGUUAAA